AUGUGUACGAUUUCGCGAGGAAAACUUGCAAAAGUGUUGAAAUCAACGUCGAAUUGUAUUUUUGAAAAUUUAGCGUUCGAAGAACAUAUUUUCCGGUCUCACAAUGUUGAAAAAAACGGAGAAGUCCUGUUAAUCUGGAGCAAUCGACCGGCUGUAGUUAUAGGAAGACAUCAAAAUCCAUGGGUUGAAGUAAAUAUUCCCUUUGCGCAUGAAAGAAAUAUCGAAAUUGUUCGGAGACACAGUGGUGGAGGAACUGUAUAUCAUGAUUUAGGAAAUUUGAACAUUUCUUUAUUAACAACGCACGCACAACAUUGUAGGCCUAAAAAUUUGAAGUUCAUUUCUGAUGCUCUCAAUAAUCGUUUUUCUGUGAAUAUUGUGCCGAAUAAACGAGAUGAUAUGGAACUGCAACCUGGAACUCGAAAGUGUUCUGGGACCGCGGCAAGAAUCGCAAGGGGACAAGCUUAUCAUCAUCUCACUCUUCUGAUUGAUGCAGACCUCUCAAUUCUCUCAAAAUCUCUGAAAUCUCCAUGGAGAGAUCAAAUCGAAUCAAAUGCGACAAGAAGUGUACGGGCUUCAGCUGUUGGAUUUUUGAAACAAGAUGAUCAGAAAGCGAAUGUUGAUGAAUCGAAAGCUGCUAUUUUAGAGGCCUACAGGUUGGAUAAACUUCAUAUAUUUGUUUUAUUGUAG